UACUUUUCCUCUUUACUCAGAUUCUAUUGAAAUCAACGAGGCUUCAUACGAAUUGAAUCUUUGUAAUUACAACUAUCGUUUCCAAAGAUUAUCAUUAUAUUUAAGAUGGGUGCUCUCUUUCUAAUGGAGGCGGUGCUUUUAGUUUGUUUUGUAUCAACCGUAUCCGCAGUGAAAUGGCCAGAGGGAACAUAUACGCUGGUCAAGCCAAAGACCGGAUGUCCCACAGGGUGGCUGGAGGGAUGGAGAUACCAGGACAAUGAAGAUGAUGAUAACAAAAAUCAAUUAGAAGAUCAGCACCACUUCUUUGGUAUCAUUGGAACCCAUCCAAGGGAUAUGAAUUUCUCUUACUGCUCCAAGGAUCCAAAUGAUGUUAAUGCCGAAGGUAAUUGGCCAAGUGGGGACUAUUGUAUUCUGAAGCAUGGAAGUACGUGCCCUCAUGGAGGUUUUCAGAGUGGAUAUGUUUUUUGGGAUGACGAAGACUCGAACAAUAAGAACAGUGUCGGUGGAGAAUUACCAAGUGGAGGUUUUGACAGGAAUACAAGAAUAGACUACUGCUGCAGAGAUGACGGUCCCUACUCUACAGCUAUCCAACUUCCAACAUCGAAACCGUUUUAUCUGUUGAGAUACAACGACUUCUGCCAACAGGUCCAAGGAAUGUUGGUGAGAGAAGAAACCGUGUAUACAGAUGAUGAAGACGACAACAAUAUCAAUAGUGUGCACGGAAGUUAUCCAUUCGGACCGGUCAGCGGACAAAGGAACUACAAGCUCUUCUAUUGUUACUAUUGGCCAUCGCAAUAAAGCACUGUCUUACGACAGUAAUAUUUCUA